AGCAGCAUAUCGCUGCACAUUCCGCCUAUCUUUGCCCCGAUCGUCCUAGCCGGGCUGAAGCAUGAUAAAAGAUAAGUUUUGGAGCUCGUGGAGCUUCAGUCUGGUAUCGGCACGGCAGGUCGAGGCUGUGUUCCGGUAUCGAUACAGAGGUCUCUUUUGAACGAAACCUUUUGUGUCCGGAGAAAUCGCGAAUUUAAAGGGUCCGACGACAUCAUGGAACCCGUGUUAAGUGACUACGAACAGCGUAUCCGAGACCUGGAGAGUACCAAUCGGGCCCUAAGGGACAAGCUGUCGGAACAUGAUAAAUUGCGCAAAGUCUACAUCGAGGACCUGAACGGUAUGAAGGGUUCACUAGGGAAUCUACAGGACUUGCUGAUGAAGUGUCGGGCCGACAUUAUGUGCCACGAGAUGCUUAUGGUCGUGGAUGAGGAAGAUGGCACCGGACAGCCAACAGAAGGCAGCACAAGUAGUGGAAACAGUAGUGCGGAAGUGGUAUCGCUUCAGGCGCAGCUAGAAAUCUGCAAAAGUGAUUUGACCGAACAGCGGGCCGCUUAUCAGGAGCUGUUGAUUGAGAAAAACCGUAUCACGUCCGAACUGCAGCUGUUGCUCCAAAAGAACCACCAACUGUCGGUACACAAUGCUCAAACGAUCCGAGACCAGCCAUUACAGAGCACGCGACCCAGACCGUUGGAAGGGAACAGCAAGCUCUACGGUUCGUCGCCUGCCGGUUUUGAGCGCCACAUUGAACCUUGCCCGCACUGCAAUAACGUUUUCGGGGAUUUCAUGACGCUGGAAACGCACAUUAAAGAUUGUCCCGGACUUGAUUACUGACCACCGAUAGCAAACUGAUAACCUGUGUGUGAGGUAGGUUUU